AUGGAGGAAGAACUCAAAGUCUAUGCUCCCAUGCAGGAUAUCUCGAAACUCAACUCCGGUUUGACUAAGUUCAUGGGAAUUUUUACGACGUUUCUCGUCGCUGGUCUGUUUCACGAGCUACUUAUGUUAUAUACAACUCGUGUAACGCCUUCAGGGGAUAUCACUUUGUUAUAUAUGUUACAUGGCAUCUAUACUGCGUGGGAAAUGGUGGCGAAACUGACACCCUUUGGAUGGCGAUGGGCGGUGAGGAUAGCGAUGGCAUUUAUGGCUGUGACCAUUGGUUGGCACUACUUCCCUCAGAUAUAA